GUUAUCGUCGUGAAGUUGUAUACUUGUAUGUAAUAUGUAUGCGAAUUUCGUUUCGUCAAUCGAAAAUUAUUAUUAAUAAACAACGGGUGGUUUUAUACUCUUAUCGUAUAUAUGGAUUGAUGUUCGAUAUUUCGAUUGAAUCGUCGGCCGCGGUACGGUCUGUUGUUGGUAAAUUUAUAAGCCCGUUCGUCGCAAAAUCGUCGUUUAACUGUUCUAUCGUUGACGUUACUACGAUAGUUGCUCGUACCUCAUAGCCCAGUGGACAGUGACCAAAAAUGGCAGACCAUAAUUAUUGUGAUAAUGAGAAUGUAUUAAAAUCCACUGAACCAUCUAUUAGUGAAAAUUAUGAAUCAAAAUGUGUAAUAUCCGUGUCAGAUGAUCCUGAGUAUGGAGAAGUAUCUAAAUCUGGUCCUCAGACAAGGCUUAAAUCAAAAAAAAAGUCGGAACAAUCUCAAUCCACUUGGUCACCAGUUCGAACUGCUCCAGGUCUACGACCAAAUUGCACAAUAUUUUAUGAUGGAAAUGGAUUUGCCUACCAUAACCAUAAAAUUGCAAAUAACAAAAAGUAUUUGAAAUGUACUCAAAAAGGUAUUAAAAAGAAACCAUGCCCAGCUAGAGCUGUUAUUAGAAAUUACGACAACAUGAUUCGUCAUUCAGGAGAACCACACACGCAUAAACCAAGAAACUAUGAUGAAGAAUUAUUAAAGAGAAACUUUUUAAUGAAAAUUAGAGAGAGAGCAAUCAACGAGAACACACCUAAUAGAGCAAUUUUUGAUGAAGAAAUAAAAAACACACCAAAACUAAGGGGUAAAGUAACAUUUUCGAGCACUGCAAGAAGGAUGCAGAGGUUUCGUCAACCACAAAAAAUGCAAGGUCCACUAUUUCCUAUAGAAGACAAUGAACUUAUUGAUGCAAUAAAUGAUUACAAAAAUAUUCCACAUGAAUAUACUACUAAUAAUAGUGAAGACAAAGAAUGUAAACCUGUUAUAACGUUUGAUGCAGAGAAUCAUAUGGAAGUGAUAGAAGUAGAUGAAAUUGAUAUGGAGAGUAAUGAAUAUACUGAUGAUGUUGAAAGUGAAGCUUUUCAUGAAAAAAAUGAUAAGGAGAAUAUUUCAAAAAAUGUUAAAAAAGAAAGAGAUGCAACUGUGAAUAUGUUUUGUUGUAUAUAUUGUAAUAAGUGGCAAGAACCUCAACUUUUUGAAUUUGUACCUAAUCAAAAAUCCAAAACUAUUGAAUUGAGAGACAAGUUAGAGAAAUAUAAUGUAACAUCACCCAUUGAUGAUUCUAAUCCAGUAACUAUUGAUAGUACUUCUGAAAAUAUACUAAAUAAUAAUCAAACUUCUACUCUUGACUAUUCUGAAGUUCAUGAAGACAUAUCUCAUAAUAAUGAGGAUAAUAAAACCACAGUUAAACAAGAAAACAAUAGUGUAGAUGCAGAUACUAGUAUCCCAGAAACUGCUAAUCCAGAUACAUAUAAACAAGCAAAUGAGAGUGUAGAUGCGGCUAUUAGUAUUCCAGAAAUUGAAAAUCUAGAAACACAUGAAUUAAGUCAUGAACCAUCUACUAAAGAAAAGAAAAAAAAAGUUGAACGAAAAUUAGGGUUUUUACAAAUGCGAAUUGAUUCAACAAUAUAUUUUGAUAAUAUGGGUUAUAGUUAUCAAAUACAAAACGAAAAAAAUGACAAGAAGUACUUAAGAUGUGUGGUUUGGGGUAAAAAGAAAUGUCCGGGUCGAGCCCAUUUAAACAUAAAAACAUUGAAUAUAAUUAGAUCUAGAGGUCACAAUCACUUACCAUCUUCUAACUGUGAUGCUGAAAAACAAGCUAGGGCAUUUUUGCAUGCUAUUAAAGAAAGGGCUCAAGAUGAAGAUACUCCCUUAAAAACUAUUUAUGCAGAAGAAAUAUUGAACUAUCCGCUUGCUAGUACUGUGGUUAAUUAUGCAAAUGCUACCAGACGAAUGCAACGGACAAGGAGAUUGAAAAAUCAACCCAGUACAGUAUUACAAAAAGAACCACCAUUACUAUUAUCUGUUAAAGUGAUACCUGGUACACGGCGUGGAACAUCUUUAUAUUUGGAUGAACUAGGUUAUUAUUACCAUAAUGAUGCACUAACCAACAGUGGAAAAAUAGUAAGAUGUACCAAAAAUAGAAAAACAGCAACUGAUGAAGCGUGCCAUUCGAGAGGAUUUAUGCGUGCUUCUGGAGACGGAUUUGUCAUAUAUAGAACUAAAGAUCAUAAUCAUCCACCAGUGGAUCUUAAGAGAAAUCCAUUGGAACGAUCAUUCAUUAAUACUUUAUGUGAACGGGCACGAAAUGAACUUCACUUGGGUCUCAAAGAGAUAUAUAAUGAAGAAGUUGAAAGGUUUCUUGAUGCGGCAGAAAAAAUUCCUUAUCGAAUGGCAUGGCGGAGUAUGGCAAGAACAAGACAACCUCCUAAAGUAUCUGGGGAAGUUAAACUAGUUAGUGUAUCAGUUAUUUCAGAUGGAAUGGUCAUGUGGGAUGGGUAUACACUAUAUAGAGAUGAAAUAGGAUUUUUAUAUUCAUUAAGGAAAGGAAGAAAAUUUGCAUGGUGUCAAAUGAAUACAAAAUUGAAAUGUUUAGUGAAAGGCUCAAUAUCAGUUGAGAAUGAUACUACAAUGUUAGAGUUUACUGGAGAACACAAUCAUUCGCCAUUGAGUGACGAAGAGUUUCAAGCCGCUAUUUUUCUUGAAAAGAUAAUGCUUAAAUGUUUAGAAGAUGACAGUAAACCAAAGAAAUUAUAUGAUGAAGAAUUAGUUAACUUUCCUGGUGUUGAAAACAGAGUAUCAUUAGCAUACGCACGCGAAAAAAUAAAAGCUAGAAGAAAAAGUGCAUUAAAAAAAAAUUCAACACAUGAAAUGUUAGAAACUACUUGUGAACCAUUGAAAUAUAUUGAAUUUUGGGAUGAGGAGAAUAAUUCUAUUAAUGAUGAUGACCUAAAUGAUGAUGACCUAAAUGAUGAUGUUUACUCUGAUGAUGAUGAUAAUAUCAGUGAAAAGUCUAAGGAUUCUUAUGAUAUUUACUCAGAUGAACAAGGCUUCAAAUUUACAAUAGUCAGUGUAAAAGAUGAAACUAGAUAUUUAGAGUGUAUACAGAAGCAUAGUGGAUGCAAUGCCAAAGGAGAAAUGUUUAAAGGUGAAAAUGAUGAGUGGCUAUUUGUUCUUCAUGGCUACUCUCACAACCAUUUACCUCAUGAAGAUCAUUAAAAUUAUGAAUACAAAUUUGAGUAUAAGUCAAUGGAAGGUUAUGAUUGUUAUAUUUACUAUUUUCACUAGUAUGAUACCAUAGUUAUUUUCUCCGUGGUGUUUUAUAUUUUUAUUUUUUUCUAUUAACAUGAAUAUAAAAAAAAACAGAAUGUUUUAAUAAUUCUUAAUACGAAAAUAUAAUAGCUUUAUUAUAAAGUAAUAAGUAUUAUAUAAUACUAAAUAAAUAUUCUGUCAUGGUUUAAUUUCAUAAUUUAAAGGAAGUUUGUUGAGCGUGGCCAAGUCUGACCUUCCAGCUAUUUGGUAUUUUGGUCAUCUUAAGUGUAAUUAGUAAGGCAGAUAAGUUAGGAGCAAAAAUUAAUAAAAUAUAUUCAGAACAAAAUAUAUAGAAUGUAUAAAAAUCAUAAAUAAAUGUACUUUUAACUUUUUCAGUAGAAAAAGAUAUUUGAAAAAUUACUACACAUUAUUUCACAGUAAAAAAAAAAUAUAUUUGUGUAUUUAUUUUAUAAUUUUAGAUUAAUAGAUAAUUAUUGGUUAAAUGUAUCCUGUAUAUAUAUAUAUUUUUUUUUGAUUUAAAUAUAAUUAAAUAAAUUCCCCUGUAUCUUGA